GCCGAGGGGCCGGGGCGGGGAGGCGGGCGCCGGGCGGGGGUUCGCGGGGCUGCCGCGCGUGACGUAGCUCCGGGCAGGGCGUUAUCAGCUGCCGGGCCUCGGCGAGGGACGCGCGGCGACAGCGGACGGCGCCGCCCGGGCCGGGACGGCUGCAGCCGGCGGCCGCGCGCAGGACCCGAGGGCUUCUGGCCGCCGCCCCCGCCAGCGCCGCGCCCCGCCGCGGGGCGGCAUGAGUCUGCGGCCGCAGCCCUAGCGCCCUGCUCCUCCGCCCCGGCGGCCCGGCUGAGCUGACGGCGCUCGCUGCCCGAUUGGGGGCCAUGAAGCCGAGUCCGGUCGGGACGGCGAGGGAGCUGGAGGCGCCGGCGCCGGCCCGAGGCGAGCAGCGCGCGGUGGAGCCCGAAGGGCGCUGGCGGGAGAAGGGCGAGGCGGACACGGAGCGGCAGCGCACCCGGGAGCGGCAAGAGGCCACGCUGGCCGGGCUGGCGGAGCUGGAGUACCUGCGCCAGCGCCAGGAGCUGCUGGUCCGGGGCGCCCUGCGCGGCCCCGGGGUUUCGGGGGCCGCUGCGCCCCGCGCAGGGGAGCUGCCGGGGGAGGCGGCGCAGCGCAGCCGCCUGGAGGAGAAGUUCUUGGAGGAGAACAUCUUGCUGCUACGAAAGCAGUUGAAUUGUUUGAGGCGAAGAGAUGCUGGUUUGUUGAAUCAGUUGCAAGAGCUUGACAAGCAGAUAAGUGACCUGAGACUGGAUGUAGAAAAGACAUCUGAAGAGCACCUGGAGACAGACAGCCGGCCUAGCUCAGGGUUUUAUGAGCUGAGUGAUGGGGCUUCAGGAUCCCUUUCCAAUUCCUCUAACUCGGUGUUCAGUGAGUGUUUAUCCAGUUGUCAUUCCAGCACCUGCUUUUGCAGCCCCUUGGAGGCAACCUUGACUCUCUCAGAUGGUUGCCCCAAAUCUGCAGAUGUGAAUCCCAAGUACCAGUGUGAUCUGGUGUCUAAAAACGGGAAUGAUGUAUAUCGCUAUCCCAGUCCACUUCAUGCUGUGGCUGUGCAGAGCCCAAUGUUUCUCCUUUGUCUGACCGGCAGCCCUAUGCGGGAAGAGGACAGGCUCGGAAACCAUGCCAGUGACAUUUGCAGUGGAUCUGAGCUGGAUGUCGUCAAAACAGACAGCUCCUUACCAUCCCCAAGCAGUCUGUGGUCUGCUUCUCAUCCUUCAUCCAGCAAGAAAAUGGAUGGCUACAUUCUGAGCCUGGUCCAGAAAAAAACACACCCUGUAAGGACCAACAAACCAAGAACCAGCGUGAACGCCGACCCCACGAAAGGGCUUCUGAGGAACGGGAGCGUGUGUGUCCGAGCCCCGGGCAGCGUGUCACAGGGCGGCAGUGUGAACCUGAAGAAUUCCAAACAGGCGUGUCUACCCUCUGGCGGGAUCCCGUCUCUGGACAGUGGGACUUUCUCCCCGCCGAAGCCGUGGUCAAAGGAAUCAAAGGCCGAGCAAGCAGAAGGCAAGAGGUUGCCCUCGCCAGAGGGCUGCUCCCCAGGCGCUGCCUCCGACCUUCAGAGUAAGCACCUGCCCAAACCGGCCAAGCCAGCCUCCCAAGAGCAUGCUUGGUGUCCCACCAUCGGGACUGCGGAGUCACCUCAAGAAAGCGCUCCCCUCUCGGGGGCCCCUCCAAAAGAGAGUCCUGGCAGAGGCCCCGCCCUGCCGCAGGAGAACAAAGCUGUCCAGCCCCUGAAAAAGAUGUCACCGAAAAGCAGCCUGCAGGGCGUCCCCCCGGCCGCUCCUCCCCUGCUGUCUCCAGCGUUCCCCUUGGAAGAGAGGCCUGCCUUGGAUUUCAAGAGCGAGGGUUCUUCUUCCCAAAGCCUGGAGGAGGCGCACCUGGUCAAGGCCCAGUUCAUCCCGGGGCAGCAGCCCAGCGGCAGGCUCCAUCGGGGCCACAGGAACGUGGGCGUCACCAAGAGCUCCAGCCUGAAGCACCGCGGCCAAGUCCUCCAGGGGAUGGAGAACGGCUUGCCCACCGUCAGGGAGAAAUCGCGGGCCGGGAGCAAGAAGUGUCGCUUCCCGGAUGACUUGGAUACAAAUAAGAAGCUCAAGAAAGCCUCCUCCAAGGGGAGGAAGAGCGGGGGUGGGCCCGAGGCCGGUCUUCCCGGAAGGCUCACUGGCGGGGGCCCCAGGGCCGGAAGCAGGGCGCACGGCCACGGACGGGAGGCGGUGGUGGCCAAACCUAAGCACAAGCGAACCGACUACCGCAGGUGGAAGUCCUCGGCCGAGAUUUCCUACGAAGAGGCGCUGAGGAGGGCCCGGCGAAGUCGCCGGGAGAAUGUGGGGCUGUACCCCGCGCCAGUGCCUCUGCCCUAUGCCAGCCCCUACGCCUACGUGGCCAGCGACUCUGAGUACUCGGCCGAGUGCGAGUCCCUGUUCCACUCCACCGUGGUGGACACCAGUGAGGACGAGCAGAGCAAUUACACCACCAACUGCUUCGGGGACAGCGAGUCGAGUGUGAGCGAGGGGGAGUUCGUGGGGGAGAGCACCACCACCAGCGACUCCGAAGAAAGCGGGGGCUUGAUUUGGUCCCAGUUCGUCCAGACUCUCCCCAUUCAAACGGUCACGGCCCCAGACCUUCACAACCACCCUGCAAAAACCUUUGUCAAAAUUAAGGCCUCACAUAACCUCAAGAAGAAGAUCCUCCGCUUUCGGUCUGGCUCUUUGAAACUGAUGACGACGGUCUGAGUGACGUCAUUGGUGUAGAAAGUGUCUUUUUUUUUUUUUUUUCCUUCUUUUUUUUUUUUUCCCUAGUUGCCAAAAUAAAAAAGAUGGUGUUUUGACUUUUGUAUAAUACUUUCAUGGAAUGCUUUUCUUUUAAGAUUAAAACCAAGAUAAAUUAUUGUCUCAUCUUCAUCACAUAUGGACGCUAGUGCCUUUAAGGGAAGGUAAAGAAUGUUUUGUUAGAAGUAAAUAUUGAGGUUUUAAUGGUGGUGAUAGUGAGUUUUGUGGUACCAGCUGUUUUGUAUUUUAAACUUUCUGAGCAUCCGGCAAGGUACAGGUUUGGAUGUUCAAGUUUUAUUGGGAUGAGACCUUUUGAUCCCAAGGUCAGGUGGAUGGGAUUUUUGGAUUUGUAUUUGCUCCUUGAGUCUUCGGGGCAGUAUCCCCACGAGGGUUUUCCUGUUGAGGGGCAUCACGUACAAUAGUGUGAAGUAGGUACAAGGGGCAGCCAUUGUAUUUUAUAGUUUUUUGUAGUCUACAUUUCUCAGAUGUAUCCUAAUUCAGUUUUCUUCUCCGAACUGUUCUUUUUACUGGACUCAUGACUUGUAGGCCAGACCUUAAAUCCAGAGAUGGCAACCUGGAUAGGGACUUAAAAGGAUCCACAAAAACUUUUGCCACACUUGGUGCCUAGGCCCUGUUCCCAAUAACCCCUUCCAGGGCCGUUUAUUCAACAUUUUGAUGCCUUCUUUCCCCUCCCUAAUUUGUAGACGAUCCAUCCUUUCAUUCCUUGGAGGAUUUGCUUUUGGGAUAAACUUUUGGUCCUCAGGCACAGAGACAUUCACUUUUAAUGAAAUAACCCUUGGGCAUGACUCCAAUCCCAGAAUUGCUCACUGAGCGCUAUGCCACCUAAGCAUCGACCUGAACUUAUUAGUGCAAUCCAGUCCAGAUUGGACCACUGAUCCUAUGUGGAAGGGCUGUUUUUUAAAAAAAAAAAGUUUUUUGGUAAACAGUAUUGCGUAAAAUUGCUUUUUGUAUACCAAUAUAUGCAUGUUUUGUGCAUGAGCAGUACUUGUGUUGAUAUUCCUGUUGAUGUUAAAUUACUGUAUAAUAUAAACAGUAUGUGUUUUUAUAUAUCAUUGUGUAAAUUUAAUAUAACACGUAUGCAGUAAUAAACGAUUUGUUUUACUGCCGUUAAGUUUGUUAUUUGGGUAUAAAACCAGAUGUUUAUACCU